AUGGCAUCGACUAGUACUCCAGAAGAGGCGGCUUCGACCGAGGUCGUGAAGACACCAGAGAAGGUGAAGAAGAAUGGCUACGACACCAGGGUCACAGCCAUUCUGGAGGAAGGACAGCCUUCGGCGCAGCUGGCACUGAAGGUCUCGCACCUGGAGGCAGACGUACAGCAACUUCGGCACCGAAAGGAGGAGUUAGAGCGAGAGAAUGAGGCGCUGGCGGGUGCUGCCUGUCGACCUGACCUGGAGCAACGGGUGAAGGAUCUGCAGGCAGAGGUGGAUAAGCUCCGGAUGAGGAAGGAUGAAUUGGAGCGAGAUCAGGAGGCAUGGGGCUGCAAAAGACGCGAUCUCAGCACGCAGCUGGCGGAGUGCCAGGCGGCAAGGGAGAAGCUCGAGGAGGAGUAUCGACAGCACCGGGCGGAGUCUGAGCGGCGUGCCGAGCUGGAGAAGCAACAGGCAGACGUGGCGAAGUCCUUUGCGGAGCUGCAGGGCGUCGUCUCGCAGCUGUUGCCAUGGCUGUCGGAGCUCUACGAGCAGCGAAGCCGGCUGCUGGAGGAGAAGAGCGCAGCAGAGGACUCGGCGACGAAGCUCAAGUCCGAGCUGCAGCGCUGGCGGCUCCUGUGGACCGCUCCGGGCGCUUUGGGCGAUGAGGGUUCCAAUGCCGCCGCCCAGGCCUUGCGCGCCCGUGCCAACGGGAGCCCCGCGGGGGCACGACGAGGUCCGACCCGGGCCUCUUCGUUGUCGGCCACGAAGCGGGCCGCGGAGAUCUACGGCCGGGACCUGCACCGCCGGCCGAGCCCUUGCCGACUGAGGUGCCGGGCUGAGGAGGACAAAUCCAAAGUGCCUCGAGCCCUGGUGGAGCUGGAAGGGGAACUGAGACGCCUCAGCUCCAACGGCACCAAGCCCAACGAGAUGCAGAUUCGCGAGCUGCUGGCUUUGUUAAAGAAAGCCUCAAAUGGGGAUGACACGACGGCAGCUCCCGCUCCCACGGAGCUUGGUGCAUCCGUCAAAAACGCGGGUGAAGCUCAUCCGCCGCGAAACCAUUGGGGCGUUUUCAGCCGCCAAGGACAAUAG